AACAGCCGGUCCGACAAUAACAAACGAAAGGUGAUUUUGUCACGCGGCUGCCGGUAUUGAAGUUUGUUUUAGUAUUAAAUCUUUAUCGGUAUUUUAUGUCCUGAAAUUUUAUCCCAAUCUGUAGAAAUGUGGCCUAUUAUAAUGAAUGUUUUGCGCACGAGAGCUCCUUAUGUAACGUUACCAAUUGCUGCAAUAAUCGGUGUUAUUGGGUACAACAUCGAGAGUUUAAUAUCGGAUAAAUACACCCCGUACAGUCCAUCAAUUGAAGAAAAACGAGUCGAUCGAGUGACGGAUGAUCUACAUUUGAAGGAUGCAACAAACGUAGAAAAACUUGUGUACAAAGAAAAUGUUUUAGGAAAGAACCUCUCGCCAUCUCUCGAGAAAAAUAGCGAAAAUGGAUUUAAGUUUUCACUUAAAUAUAUGUAAAUAAAAAGUUAAUUUCAAUCCAGUAAGAA